AUGACCUCCCUCCUCGCCCACCCAACCGGAAUCCGCAACCCUCGCGCCCCCCGAGACGAGCAAACGCCCGCUAGCCCCGUCGUCUCGGAAGGUUUCCAAUCCGAAAUCCCCGAGUACCAACACAGUCGGAAACAUGGAGAUACAGCUCGCGAGAGACGACUAGCCGGAUACCGCUCUCGCGGCGCGCAGGCUGCGAAUCUCGCCGCCGGAACCAGGAUGACGCCCCUGCGCCGGAGGAGCGGUGCAGUGAGGGGUGCUGCCGCUCCUGCUGCUCUUGCCGUCAAAGAGGUUGGGCAUUCGCGCCGUCCCGUCCAGAUGCGCAACCAUAGCUCGUCAAAGGUGUUCCCGCGCGAGUCGACGCGCGAGGUGUGGCUUACGAAUGACCCGGCGCACCUUGAGGAGGAUGGUAGUGGCGAGACUGUGUUGAUGGUGGGUGAUUCGGAGAGGCAUCAUCUUGAGCUGGCCAAGUUGUAUGGGUUUCCCGUGUCUGAGAAUGGGAAGGUGCUCGAUGAUGAUGGAGAGGUUAUUGGACGGGUUGUUGAGGGGGAGGCGGAUGAUCUGGUUGGGCAGACCGUUGACGAUGAUGGGGAGAUUCUUGAUGAGGAUGGGGACUUGAUUGGGCGGGUUGAUGUUGUUCGUGAGGAGGGAGAGGAGCGUACGACUGAGGAGUUUGGGGUUGUUGAGGGGUUGAAGGCUAACAAGCAAGGCAAUGUUAUGGAUGCUGAGGGGGUGCCGAUUGCGUAUGUGGUUGGUGAGACGGCGGUGGUGGGGAGGGAGAUUGGUAGAGAUCGCCGGAUACGCGAUGCGAAUGGGACAGUCAUUGGAGAGGUCGAGCUCAUUCCUGAGGAUGAGCGGAUGUAUGCCAUAGUGCGGCAGAUGCGAGACGCGAUUGAGCCACUGCGUUGUCAGAUGAAGCUAGCAAAUAAGCACGAUAAGAGCGGGAACGAGACCGAAAAAGUGGCCAAGACCCUGAAGCCCCUUGUCGAAGACGCCCGACUCGCACUGCAGGAGUGUGAUACCGCCCUUCGAGCUCAUACCUCGGAGAACGCAGAGCACGUGGACCGACAUUUGGCAGACUUGAUAAAAGACCUUGGCGAGAGCGUCGUCGAGACCAUCGACAAUGCCUGCCAACUCAUCACCGACUCCACUACCGGGCAACACGUCCAUCCCCUGAUAACGCUGCUUGUUGAGCCACCACUGUAUAUCACUGUUACAAUUGCGCUUAGGGUAGUUGGGCUCUAUGCUCGGAUACUCAAUAGUCUAGGGAUCGGCAAGGUUUUGAGAUUCGUAUUGCGCAGGGUUGGCGUAUAUCAGCGUCUCGAAGAGUUCGGCCUAGGUGCCGUGAUCGAGGUACUGGAGCUUGGAAGUACUAAUUAG